AAGGAGGAGGAGGAGGAGGAGAAGAAGAAGAAGAAGAAGAAGAAGUUGCAGGAUGGAGGUGACAUCACACUGUGACAUCACAGAGAGCUCAGCCAAUCAGAAGCCGGUCCAAUCAGAAUGCAUCUCCGUGCAGCCGACAGCCAAUGGGACGCUGCUGCAACACAGCACAGACGAGGCCCCGCUCCCUCUCUCUGAGAGGCCGGAGGACGCUGACAGCGGGGAUGACUUUGUGACGGACAGCUGCUCCACCGACGUGUCCCACCUCCUGCCCAAACACAAAGGUGUGGAAGUCUCGGUGGAGUCUCCUCCCAUCUGCUCUGCUCCUCGUCCUGUGUCUCCUCCUCCUCAUCAUCAUCAUCAGCGGCUAAGCUCCAAUCAGAAGCAUCUCUCCUCCACCCGAAGCCCCGCCCCCACCAAGACUGAUGCCGCCCACAUCAAGGAGGUCGCUGGAGACGACUGCUGUGUCCACUGUCUCCUGGCGUGUCUGUUCUGUGAGCUGCUCUCCAUGUGUUCAGCGGUAGGUGAUUGUCUGGUGUGCGGAGUGGGCGGGGCCUGGUCAUGUGACGUGGCGCCUGGCUGCUGCUGCUGCGUGGAGGCGGUGUGCUCGGAGGCGGCGUGCUCGGAGGAGGCGUGUCAGGCUGUCCUGGACUGCGGCGUGCUAGAGGACUGCUGCGGGUCCUCAGACUGUCUGGAGGUCUGCCUGGAGUGCUGCUCAAUCUGCUUCCCCUCCUAGAGCCAAUGAGAGCGCAGCACGGUGAUGUCACCGACGUUUGUUGUUGUUGUUGAUUAAACUGAGAUCAGCAUCGGAAGAUCUCCAACUCUGCUUCAGCUCUCUGUGUGACAGAACACACACACACACACACACACACACACACACACAAAUGUUUAAAGUUUAUAAUUCCACCAGAACUGUUUGUCCAGAUUAUUGUUAUUAUUAUUAUUAUUGUUAUUAUUAUUAUUAUUAUUAUUAUUAUUAUUGUUAUUAUAUAUAAAGUGUAGAUUCAGAUGGAUUACCAGUAAUUUUUCACUGUUCAGACGUGUUGAUGAAGUCGUGUUUCUGGACACCAACACCAGCAGCUCCACCAUCACUCUGUGUUAAAAUAUUCACUCUCUUUUCAUUUAAAAGUUGAAAAUAAAUUAAAACCUUUAUAAUAAAAGUAUAAAUCCUUCAGUUUCUGAUGAUGUCACGAAUAAAUUAAUAAUUAAAUGAAUUAUUAUUAUAGUCAUUAUAAGCAUGUUACAGCAGCGGUGGGCAAUUUAUUUCCCCUCUGGGCCACGUGACCAAAACUCUGAACUAAACUCUGUCUAUAUUAACUUAGUCUCUUGAUAAAAAGCAGUAAAUAAUCUGGUUCUGAGCUGCUGCUGUUGCUGCUGCUGGUAAGAAUAAAUGUUAUUAUAAGACUUAAUGUUUAUGUGGAGUCAUAUAUAGCCGCAAAAACUCCAUCAUUAUCUCACUUCUCCAUUUAUUUUAAGCACAACAUACAUUCAAACCACAUAAACAAUGUAGAGCAUAUAUGUCUGCAGUAAACAUAGUGUUUCCUCUUGGAUUGUCUUAGCAGCAGGUAAAGGGUUAUCUGUCCUCUGGGUGGUGUGAGCAUGUAAAUAUCAAUCAGCAAUUUAUAAAGUAUAAAAAUGACACUCGAACUGCAAAUCAAGCUUUAGAACCAGAGUGUCCAACAGGAUGUUCUGAGACUAUGAUGGGGAUCCGGGGACAUGCUCCCCCAGAGAACAUUUUUGUCCUAAAAGUCUAAAUUUGGUUCCUCUCACAUUAUAAUGAACUGUUCCAUCUAAAUCAUUGCACAUCUUAUUAUCUUAUUAUCUUAUUAUGACAGUCUUCUUGUAAAUUCUGUGGUGGACUCUGUUAACACAUCCGAAUGCUGUUAUUUUGAAAGUGUUUGCUUUUAUUUUUAAGGCGGGUCUAACACUUAGUAAAUACAAGCACCAUGAAAACAAGUGGAGGCUGACUAGCUAACCGUCUAUGGUGAAACCUAACUCAGAGAAUGGAGUGCUGCUAACAGAGUGCUUGCGCUGUUUCGGUUGUUAUGACAUCCUGACAGUGUUCCGGUCGCUCGACCCUGAGUAAACCAAUAAUUUAUUAAAUUUAUGCAAAAAGUUUUCAAGGUCAGUAACAACAAGCUAACGCAGUGUUCUUUGUGGAACGUGUUUCUGUGCAGGUGCGUACGCAUGCGCAUACGUUAAACGCCUUUAAAAUAAAAGCACUACAUCUUCUUAUAUAGAGUUUUACAAAAAUUUUGAUUUCAUCAAACAUUGUCAAAACCAUUCGAGCACUUUACAAUGACCCGAAGGCAAGAAUGAAAAUAAAUAGAGACAUUUCAAAUGCAUUUGGACUGGGAAGAGAGACCAGACAAGGCUGUCCAAUCAGCCCAUUGCUGUUUGCAAUAUUUAUUGAAGCCUUAAAUCAAGGGAUUAUCCAAGACAAUAACAUUACAGGUAUCAAGAUGUUAGGACAAGAACAUCAAAUUUCUUUAUUCGCGGAUGAUGUCUUAAUCUACUUGUCGCACCCAGAGAACUCAAUUUUGAAAUUAUUGUCAUUUUUAGAUGUUUUUGGCUCUAUCUCAGGAUACAAAUUAAACAUUACAAAGACCCAAAUACUUAGUUUCAACUAUAGACCUAGCCAGACUAUAAGUCUAUAAUCUAACCUUCAACAAAAUUGGGAUUGCGACCACAUGAGAUAUCUAGGAAUAAACAUAUCUAAAGACUCAACAAAGUUGUAUGACCUAAACUUUUACCACUUAAGUCAGAAAAUACAGGAGGAUAUAAAGAGGUGGAAUUUGAUUCCAUUCUUAAGUUUUGAGUCUCAAAUUGAGGCAGUAAAAAUUUUUUCCCAGAAUUCUUUAUCUAUUCCAGACUCUUCCAGUUGAAAUAGGUGAUAAAAAAAAUUUAACGAAUGGGACAAAUUAAUAUCGAGGUACAUUUGGCAAGGAAGAAAACCAAGGAUAAAAUUUAAAACUCUGCAAUUAGCGAAGGGUAAAGGAGGACUUGCACUCCCAUGUUUCAAGGACUACUAUAUCAGCCCAAUUGAGGAUUUUGUUUUGUUGGUGCAACUCUGAUUACCAGGCGAGAUGGAAAGAAAUUUAAGAGAGCAUGUCCGGGGAAAUUCCAAUUCAGGAAAGGAUAGGAGAUAAAAGAUUAAUUAGAAACUUAAUGGAAACAAGCAAUAAAUGGAUCAAUUGGUGUUUGAAAAUAUGGCUAAACACUAUUCAUAAAAAUGAUCCACUUGAAGAGAUAAAGAUUCUGAGAUGUUGCUCACAUGACGUCGACUUUAUUCCAAACAAAUUAGACAUCAGCUAUAAAAG